AUGGCCCGGUUUUCAGUUAUCAUCUUAUUUUGUGUCUUUUUGCUUCAUACAUAUGGCAAACUUUCAUUACAAAAAACAGAUACGGGCUCCAAGUUCCUUCCUGUGGUUAUUAACACUUGGGGACCUCCAUUUACGAACGCAACAUCAGAAGGUUAGCUAGUGUAACCAAACUGUACCGCACGUACUUUGAGUCGUUUGAUGCGUUUUCCCUUUGUCUGAGUGUUAAAAGGUCUUAAAAAGAUGAGUUACCUCGUUUUCAAAGUCAGCAGCUUUUUGCUUUCACUCAUUUCUAUUGUUAGAAGCGAUGUACAGAUGAUGAUGUACAGAUAAAAAGGAAAUAGACAUUUAUCAACACAGUAACCCCUCAAAAUUUCUCAUGAGAAACUAUUUAUGACGAUGAUGCUAAUAGGUGGUGGUGGUGGUGGUGGUGGUGAUAAUAAUGUAGAGAGUGUGUGGGAGAGAGAGACCUUUGGAGAUCUUAAAUCCCAAGACUAUCUCUUUUGUAGUAUCCCUCACCCCCAUAUCAACCCACCCCUUCCCCAAUACACACAAUUGGCCCAGUCCUCCCAAUAUCAUAACAUGGGUGUGGCCAAGGACACUCUUCAUAUAGUCUUACACAAGUUACAAAUGGACAAAAGUCCCUGACAAAAUAAUCUUUGUCAGGGAUAAAAUAUGUGGUGUCAUUGUGUAUAAGGUUUAAUAAUACUUUUUCUUUUCCUGUAAACUGUCAAGGGAAGGCAGCAAUCUGUUUCAUAAAUAAAUUUCUCGCCAUGAAAAGCUCAAAUUGUUGAUGUUAAUUAGCAUAUCUGUAAUUAUUGAUCUUUAGCUUGGCAAAUUAUAUCAAGUGGAAAAGGCAGUGCAUUGGAUGCAGUAGAGUCUGGCUGCAUAGUAUGUGAAGCUGAACAAUGUGAUGGUACUGUAGGAUUUGGUGGAAGGUUGGUGUGCUGUCACUUGAUAACAGAAGUAGUUUUGCUUUUUGAAUCGAUCAUGUGUCACUAAAAUGAAGCAUGUACAUGUUAAUAUACUAGUAAGGCAUAUAACCUACUGUAAUUUCAUUUAGUCAUUUGAAAUAUCCUGUUAAAGCCUGAAAAAUAAGAUUUUGUUGAAACUAGAUAAAUGAAAUAAGCAUUGAAGAAAUAAAGUGAAAUAGCUAGUGGGGAUGGACAUGUAAAGUUUCAGACAUCAUGAAAACUUUUGUAACUUUUUUAUGACUAACUAUGUAACUUUUGUAAAUUUUCUUGGUAACUUUUGUAACUUUUUUCUUUAUCCAGUCCAAAUGAAGAUGGAGAAACCACUUUGGAUGCGAUGAUCAUGGAUGGGUAAGAUACUAUAUCUUUUUCUCUAACUGUACUGUAGUCAUAUGUCAUUUGUGUUUCUCAGUCAGUCUAAAGUUUACCCAGCUUUCUUUUUAAGUGUUACACAUGAUGUUGGAGCUGUUGGGUGUCUGAAAAGAAUAAAGUCAGCCAUUUCGGUUGCCCGUAGUGUUAUGGAGCAUACUUCUGAAACCUUCUUGGUUGGAGAUGACGGUAGAUCGAUGCUUUGUUUCUCAUUUCUCUAUUAUUUUGUGUUUGUUACGUCUGGCACCCCUUACUAGUUUGUGAAUAAAGUGUUUAGAUAGUUAAAUGUUUUGCUCAUUAUGUUUACAGAUUUGCUCUUUUCAUUCACUCAAUGAUGUAGUGCAAUAAUUAUUAUUAUCUUUUUAGCAACUCGCUUUGCUAUUGAGAUGGGAUUUAAAAGUGAAGACUUACACACAAAUCACUCAUGGUGAGUCAUUAGCAAAGAGGGAAUUGAACUUGUUUUGUCAAUUUUUACUACUUGAGCGGAUCACAUUAUCGGAUGUUGCCCAAUUCAUGCAAAUUAGUAUUCCGCAUUUGUUUUAUAUAUCUGUUUAGAAAAGGGCGUCAUAAUGAGUGUUAAAAUCUGAGACUGCUGAGGUACUUGUGUAAAAAUUUUGAGUUUUUGAUAUGACAAAAAGGUUGAAAGAAAACACAGAUGACUCAUCACCAGCAAUGCUGCUUUUAAGAUUUUGAGAUUUGAUAAAUUAGUUUAGAGACAAUUUUACCACCCACCACCCUUUAUCAGUAAAAUUGCUACUCUUUGGCUUAAGAACUGAGCAGAACUGUGUAUUUCCUAUAAGAAUACUACAUUUUAAAUCCACAGGCAUUUAAUGUUUACAUUCAUUUUUGCAGGCAAAUAUGGAAAGACUGGAAAAAUAACAAUUGUCAGCCCAACUUUUGGCAGGUAGAUGUUGUGAGAUGACAUUCCUUUUUGUAACUGUUGUAACAGUAUUGUAAAGUAAAAAAGAUUCACAUUUCUGGUAAUCAGUGUGCAUUGGAUUCUGUCAUAAUCUUUACUUUUGAGCCAGAAUUUUUCAAAAUAUUUUGUAUAAUUUUUAAUUAAUAUGUAUAUUACAUUUGUAUGAUGUUAUUGGUAAAUAUAUAUUUCUUUAAAUGUUUUCAAAUUCAGGAUGUGGUCCCAGACCCCCAUCAGUCUUGUGGUCCAUACAAACCUAAACCAGGGUUAGGGUAAGUUCCCAAUUUGAUUUCUCAGUUUAAAAUUUGCAAUAUAUUGAAACAUGUGUUUUCGAGGGUUAAGGUAUACAUUCAUCACUGAGUCUUCCUGGUUUUCUGUAUUCUUCUUGGUGUAAGAAAUUUAAGCCUAAGAGUUAAUUGAGUUGAAUGCAGAUGAGAAAAAAAUCAUUGAGUAGAGUUACUGCAGGAUGAAUGCUUUUGUGUGAAACUUAAACUGUUAACAACAUUUUAUAAUUUACAUUGACAGGAAGCAGAGAAGAUCACAUCGCAAAUCUCAUGCUGACAUUAAUAGACACAAUCAUGACACCAUUGGUAAAUAAUAGCAAGACCUUAAACAAAGACGAAAUCACAAUUCUUUUUGCUGUACAACCCUUAUACCUUGGUGGAUAUAAUCUAUACUACCUGUUUCUGUAUUUCUUCUAUUUUUACUGUGGAUUUCUGGCACUGAGUCAGUGUGUGUUUCUAUUGUUCAGGCUGAAAAAAUUGAGUGUCAAUGUAUUUAGCGUGAAAGUAAUAUUGGGGGACACUAUUAUGGGACUGCCAUUUUAUGUGGUUAUCAGAGCCAUGUAUAGGUCUAGCCGUUAGUAGGGUAAAGGAAGACCUGAAUAUUGUUCUGGCCCCUAGAAAUCGAAUCCACAACAUUAUCAAACUGCUAUGUAGUGCCGCAAGGGGGGAGCCGGGAGAUGGGGGUACUCCCUAUGAUGGCCUUUACUGGGAGGCUCUGCCUGAAAGGGGUACCUUUUUCAGGCUACAGGUAUAUGAAAGGGUACAGAGUUUACUAGUUGAUGUAUGUAAAAGGGUAGCGGGAAAUCUGUCAUUUGGAUCUGUAAAAGGGCCCAAAAGGGCUAACAGAUGAAUUUUAUGGCUUUGAAAAGUCGAGAAAACAUUCUAUUUUUGUGAUUGAUUCCGUAUUAAAAAGACAGUGCAAUUACAGCAGUUAAAAGGGAUGCAAAGUUCUAAACAAGGUAUGUGAAAGGGGUACCAUUUGUCCAUAGAAAGUAUGCAGAAGGGGUACCUUUUUCAUGAAAAAGGGUAUGUAAAAGGUAAGGGGUUGAACCUCGGGGCGGAGCUUCCCCAUAUAAGGUCAUAGGAAAAUAAGUUCUGGUGGUCAAUUAUACAAAAAUUAUUUUUAACUUACAUGGUCAUCUCACUGGGUUAUAUUUUUCCAAGGGAUGGUGGUUGUUGAUAGUGCUGGAAAUCUAGCUGCAGGAACAAGUACUAAUGGAGCAAAUCACAAGAUUUCAGGGUAAGAUACAGUUUACCACACAUCCUCUGUGCAAAAACGUGCUAUUUAUACUCCUGACAUUGUAUAAACCCAACAACCAAAUGUUCUCAAUAAAUCUGAAGGCUAAGUAGAGCAGUAACCCCAGUCCCUCUAGUUAUUAACCCUAACUACUUUUGUGAUUGAGAAGUAAGGACCACACCCAUGUUCUGGCAAGUUUGCUCUUGAAGAUGAGUUGGAAUGAUAGCUGUUGGUUAUUAUGCCAUUUCAUCUAUUUCUCUUUCUCUCUCUGUCUCUGAUAUUUCAGUCGUGUUGGUGACUCUCCAAUUGCUGGAGCAGGUGCUUAUGUUGAUAAUGAUGUUGGAGGUGCUGCUGCUACUGGAGAUGGUGAUGUAAUGAUGCGAUUUCUCCCCAGGUAUUAAAAGCUUUACUCCUUUUCUUGUGAAAUUCGUAUCAUUUUUGAAGAAUUAUCAGAAAGAUAAAUACUAAUCCCGGACACAUCUUUCUGAAUUUCUGAAUCUGCCCCUGCCUUACACUUUGCGAAAGCAUGCUGUCUAUGGUAUUGUAGAAAUGACAGAAUAAAACUGAUGUUAUCUUAUUUGGCUUAGUUUCCAGGCUGUUGAAUAUAUGCGUCAAGGGAAGAGCCCCACAGAAGCAACAACUCUUGCCCUGGAAAGAAUUGCAAGAUAUUACCCAAAUUUCAGUGGAGGUCUUGUAGCUGUGAAUAAAGAAGGACAAUAUGGUUAGUUAAUUGAAAUAGAGAGUCGAGCCAAAACACAAUUCAAUUCAAUUCGUUAUUCACACUAUACAGAGCUAAACAAAAUUUAAAGCAAUGAUCUCAAAAAGAAUUUCAGUAUUUUUUUAAUCUUUGGCUGUACUCUAAAUGCAAGAGUUUAGUUUCCUAAAAAGUUACGUAUUUGUUCCCUUACAUUUUGUACCAUAUUGGCUUUGUAGGAGCCGCGGCACAUGGUUGGACAUUCUUCAAAUAUUCUGUUUGUAAUCCAGAGUUGGGAAAAGUUACAGUUUUUUCUGUGAAACCAAUGAACGCUUCGUGACUGAUGUUUUUCAGUGAAAAAAAUAUAGAUGUUAUACUGUUCAUUUUUUGUUGUUAUACUGUUUUUCUAGUAAAAUGAAUAAAGUUUUAAGAC